UGUUGUGACUGUGGGAAGAGCUUUACUACAGCUGACAAUAUGAAGCAACAUCAAAGAAUUCAUACUGGAGAAAAACCUUACAAGUGCUCAUAUUGUGACAAGAGUUUCACUCAGUCUCCACACCUGAAAUCACAUGAGCGAGUUCAUACUGGAGAGAAGCCGUACCACUGUACUCAGUGUGAGAAGAGUUUCAAAGAUGCAACAGGUUUAAAAUAUCAUCUGCGCAUUCACUCUGGAGAAAAGCUUUUUAACUGUGAUCAGUGCGGUAAAGAUUUUAAUUCAUCAGCAAAUCUAAAACAACACCUGAAAAUUCAUUCAGAUGAGAGGCCUUAUGUGUGUUCUCUCUGUGGAAAGAGUUUUUCACGGCUGACCAGUUUUAAACGGCACCAGAAAACACAUGAUGAAGUGAGAGAUCAUGUGUGUUUGAACUGUGAGAAGAGCUUUUCCACAGCUGAGGCUAUGAAACUGCAUCAAAGAAUUCAUACUGGAGAAAAACCUUACAAGUGCUCAUAUUGUGACAAGAGUUUCGCUCAGUCUGGAAACCUGAAAUCACAUGAGCGAGUUCAUACUGGAGAGAAGCCGUACUGCUGUACUCAGUGUGGAGAGAGUUUUAGAUAUUCAAAAAGCUUUCUGAGGCACAUGAAGAAAUAUCAUAAGUUGUCGCAGUGAGCAAUAUUUCAUUUUGAUGUCAAAUACAGUAAAGUAAAUGUUGUGAGAUGAACAAAAUAUG